AAGUGGAGUCUGCGGGUUUUCUCGCGCGUCAUAUAAUCUUUGACAUUAUCAGAGAUUCAAGCUCAGUCCGGUUCGGAGCGUCCUCCUGUGCGCAUCUGUUGAUAUUUUUUUCCAUAGAAUUCCUAUGAAACACAUCACAUAAUGGAGUCGUGUGUGUGAGUGUGGUGUGCUGUCAGUGUUUGUAUUUGCGAGUCUGGGAUUGCCUGUUUUUGCGGGUAGCCGAAACAUCCUCAGAUUAGAUUAGAUAGCGGGCAAGACGACGACGCGACGUGAAAAAUACAGAAUAAAAAUGCCAUUGGUGAACGAAAACACGAUAAAAAUGAGAUAGCAAAAGUACUUUAACGUGUCAACAAGAAACGAGUGUUCAAGAAGUGUUCGAAAUAAAAAGAAGUGAUAACAAUUGUUUCAAAUCAAAUGGUGAUGGAAGUGUGUACGAAAUCGAUUAUAAUAAUGGUGAACAUGAAGUGCUAAUGAAAAACAAAAGUUAUUGCGAUGAAAGUAGUAGUUAACUUAAUCUAGUCCCCGAAGCAUAUUGUGAUAAACUAGUCAAAUGUACAAAACAUGGUAGCCGUACCGAUAUAGCUGGUGUAGCUAUACGUUUAAAUGAGGCUGGAAUUGUGAGUGACCAUGGGUUGUAAGCUGGGAAAGAUGGUGGCUUCGGAGAGGCAGCGCGGGGGAAACACCAACCAGGACUUGGGUGGCGGUCCGCCGCCGGCGACGGACCCGCGGCUGCCACUCACGGCGAAGCAGAAAUACUCGAUGCUCGCCUCCUGGAAGGGCAUCUCGAGAGCGAUGGAGAAAACCGGCAUCUGUAUGUUCAUAAAAUUAUUCGAAGAAAACCAAGACCUCCUGAACAUGUUCGAGAAGUUUCGUAAUUAUCGGACGAAGGAGGAGCAGAUCAACUCGAUGGAGUUAGCAGAGCACGCCAACAACGUUAUGAACACUCUAGAUGAAGGAAUUAAGGGUCUGGACGAUCUAGACAACUUCUUCGAAUACAUUCACCAAGUGGGGGCCAGCCAUAGAAAGAUACCAGGGUUCAAAGUGGAAUAUUUUUGGAAAAUCGAAGCACCUUUCCUAGCAGCGGUCGAGUCUACACUGGGGGAUCGCUACACGCCAAACGUCGAGAAUAUCUACAAAAUAACCAUCAAAUUCAUACUAGAAACACUCGUCGAUGGAUUCGAAAAAGGCGGUGUGCCCAAUUCCACGUGAGCUCAGUGCUAUCAUUAAUAAUUAAAAACUAAACUCCAGUAAAUCUACAGGGCGGAAGCGCUCCAAAUUCUAAAUAAAUAACUUGAGACAGAGCGAUCCGAGUUUCCAGAACUUUGAAAUUGGAACGGCCUUUGCAAUUUUAAAGUUGCAGAAUACAGAAUUGUGUACGGAAGAGGAAUUUAUAAAUGUCAAUUUUUAUUAAAAGUGAACUUGUGCGAACUUUUUGAACGGACCACAGAGAUGGGAGUGUGUCAAGUGAUUUUUAAAUUGUGAGUAUUUUAUAAGUUGUUGUAUAAUUGGGUAUGCUUUUUCGGUCACUGGAUAUUGCAAUGACUAAUGGACUGGCUCGCUUGCAAUAAAUCAAAUUAUUUGUUAUUAUAAAUUUAGAAGAAAAAAAAAAGUUCUUUUCAUAGAUUAAAUAUUUGAAGAAAAAAUUUGUUUAAGUUGUAGAUAAUAGAGGAAAAGAUGUGCGUGAAUGUUAAGCUAUAAGGGAAUUUAAACCAAAAUAUUUGUAAUGAUUAUUAUCAUUGUAUAAAACGUCAUUAAUUAUUAUAUUAAAGCUUGUUACUUAAAUAGUUUUCUUUUAUAUUCGUUGACUAUUUAUUGUUAUUGUUGCACUUUGGUCACAAUGGCUGGUCCAGUUAGUAAUAUUUUCUAUUGAUUUCAGUAAAAUGUGCUUCUUUAUUAGGUAAAAUAUUUUAUAAUUAUUACAAGGCGUGUCUUCCGGAAUGUGUAUUUAUGAUUAUCUCUAAAUUUAAACCUUGAUUAUAUUAAUUGUUCAAUUUUAAAAAGUUUCACAUAAAUGUUUCACGAAAUUGUACAUUGUUAAUUUUUGGUAACAGGCUUUGUUGGUAACAGGAAAUUUCAAAUUGAAUUGCUAAUUUUACCAUUCUUGGGAUGUCAUUAAAAUCAUUAUCGUUAUAAUGAAGAAUUGCGUUUUUCUUACUUAUUCAUAAUAAGCAACUUAUUUAUGUCAUAUCAAAUGAUUGAUUUGAUUAACGUUUUAUUAAAACACACUGACAAACAGUUGUCACACGGAAUUCUACAAGCACAAAAUAUUCUGAAUUUUAUAACAGAUAUACCAAAAAUCUAUUUUUAAAACUAUAUGCCAUAAAAUGUAUUUUUGGAACGAAUUGAAUAGAAAAUUGAAUCUUUCGACUUGUACCUACUGCGUAUUGACCUUAAUUUAGAACUGCAUGAGUUUUAUUUGGAAAUAUAAAAAUGUAAUUUUAAAUCUUAUUUGGAACUUUCUGAGAAUGUCAUUUUUGAAGAGACUGCACUUAAGUCAACAUUUAUAACAUCAUACGAAAAAAAACUAGUACCUAUGGAACUUUAUUACACUGUCAGAUCAAGUUGAGCAUAGCUCACAAAUACAUUCUUCGGUAACAUAGUAAGAAAAAAAUUACAGAAGCCUUUAGCAAUUUUGUAAGAAACGAUUUAUUAUUAAAGAUAAGACAAUUGAUUCAUGACUUUCCACACCACCACAAAAUCAAUAGGGGUGAUGACGGGGUACAGUAAACGAAAUUUUAUUUAGUCCGUCAGUUAGAUGAUCAAAAAAUAAUGGAGACGUAUUUUUAUUUUUUGGGCAAUCA